GUGCCGUUCACGGUGCUAUUUCUAUUUACAGAGCAGAAGAAUGUGAAGUGAGAUGAAAUACAGACUGAUAACAAAGUGACGAUUAUAAACAAAGCGAUAACCGAUUACUAAGUCGAGAUGGAAGUGCGCCAUUUAAGGGACACCCGGACAACUGUGAGGAAUAGAAGUGAGCUGAACUCGGUGACUCAAAAUCUUCACUGGAGUGAUUGUCAAGCAACUGGCUGAUUUCUAAAACAGUGAAAGUGAUUGCUAUGGCACUACUCACCAUUGAUCUAAGUCACCCAUUAUAUUCUUGGUGCCUACCACAGUUAGCCCUUUACAUCCCAACCAUAGAGACCCCCGUACUUUCCCCUAACACCUUAAAGACAAAAGAACAUUCACAGCUAAGUCCAUACAGUCGUGUUUACAUCCUUACCAUGUUUCAAAAGAUCAGAAGUCACCUGUGGGAGAUGGUGUGGAAAGUCCUCCAUCACUGUACAGGUUUUACAGCGUUUAAUGUGAGCCGUUUAAACACCAGCAUGUUCUUAACAUAUGCCAAAGAAACGAUGGCCAUGACGCUCGAGUCGAAGAAAAGAGCUUUGGGCUUGGAGGCCCAAGAGUGGCCUGGACAGGCAGCCAGGAGCAGAGAAACCACACGGGACACCAUGAAGUCACUGGAGCCACUAACAAAGAGCAUGGAAGACCCCGUGGAUGUGGCUCUAACCAAGCAUGACAAGUUUGCACCUGAUGGACAUGAAGUUAUGCUUUCAUAUUGGCUUGAAUUUGGGAUGUCGGAAGAGGAGCAGGAAGAUGAUGACGGUGGUGUUGAUGACAGUGAAGAUGAGGCUGAGGAGGAGGAGCACCCUUCUGAGGAGGAAGAAGAACCAGAAAGGAGUAAGGAAGAGGAUUCCAACUGGUCAGAUGCUGAAGAUGAUUCAGAGAUGUCCACAGAGAGCACAGAGUUAUGGGAGUGCUUCUUAAACACUAGCGAUCCGUACAAUCCACUCUACUUUUCCAGCUCCACUGGAGUCAAAGCAAAUACUGUGGAUGCUAGAAAAAGGUGCCCAGUUUCAAGACCCACAGCCAGCAAGGCUGAGAAGCAAACAUCUACAGAUAGAGAAGAGCCCAGUCCUGAGCGGAAUACGAAGGAAGGGACAAAGAAGGUACAUUUCAGCGAGGAGGUGACAGUACACCACCUAGUGGCCUGGGCAUUUGCCAGCCGGGCGGCGCGAGAUGGAUCCUGCUGGUUGCAACUGGCCAGAGACAGAGAUCGUUUCAGAAGGAGAGUGGAGAAAACGGGGGCAGGUGUCAGCCCCUGUCUAACAGCUGAGCACAGAGCCAUGGUGUGGGAGAGACUUGAGAGAGGGUUUUAACCUUAGGUUUUACCAUGUUACUUUCACUUCUGUGGGAUUUUUUCUUUGUGGUGUUAUAUAUACAUAAGCACACUCUGUUACUACUAUAGUGCUAUAUUUUACCUCAGCACACUGGAGUUACUACACUCCAAAAAGCACUUUCUGGUGGUUUUAUUAGUGAUUGUAAAUAUUUAACUUUUUAUUAUUUAUUAAAAGUUGUUGUUUGAAUAUUUAUUGAAUUUGUAUAGAAAUAAAAUGGCACAAAAAUAUUGUCCACCAGGCUCCAGGCUCCUUAAUCAUAAGCACGGCUGAAAAUAUGGUCGCCCUUUUAUUACAUAAAAUGCAAAAAUACAGACAUUAAAUGUUUUGCUCCAUUGUAAACAGUCAUUUAUCAUCAACACUUAUAAAAUGAUUCAUUGCUUAAAAACAGGAGAAAAAAAUCUUUGUAUGCUUGGUCUAUGUGAAGUAUGAGUGGCAGGCAUCAAAUACAUCAAAGGCCCUCAUGGUAUGUGCAAAGUAACACAAACUCAAUUCUCUUAGGAUAUGGCAAAAUUGUUCUCCCUUUACAAAAGAUCAGGGGACACUGACUAGUAACUUUCCACAUAGAAAAAUUGGAGUGUUUUUGUUAGAGGUCACAGAAAAACACUUCAAGGAUGGCUGACUGAGAAUGUGUUUAACACGAUCAUUUGUGCAAUAAUUACAUCUUUGACACUGCUUUCACUGUCCUCAGUCAAAAGAAGACAAAAAAAAAAAAAAAAAAA